AGGAUCCUGCCAGAGUUGGAUGGUUUUAUAAUUUGAUCGGCGUGCGCUGUCAGACCCUCCGUCCUUAUGUCUUGACCGAACCAAAAAACUUCAGCCAUAUCUUUCUACAUGAUGGCUUAUUUGCCCCUGCGGACCCUCGCUGGUCUCGUAGCUGUCAUCUACUUGUCCAUACCAGUGCUAUCGCUGGAAGUCCUGGACUCCUCAAAAUGCCGGGGAGAAUGUGGCGACAGGAAAAACACUCUCACGACUGACCUCGUCUGUCAGGAUUCCUCGUUUAACACCACUGCAAACGGGAUCACGAUGAAAAACUGUCUCCUUUGCGAAAGCACAGGCACGACAUACGUAAACGAACACGCAAGCGAUACCUGGGAUUUUCUCUUCAUUCAAAAAUACACCCUCCAAACCUGCCUCUACGACGGUGCAUCGGAAACCUCUAUCUCCGGCUGCGAAGACCACUGUCUGCCCCUACGGUCAAUCUACAAGGACCUCUGGUACAAAACCAAUCAUACAGAAGAGCUCUACUACUAUUGCAGCGAUGUGUUCACGCAAUACGCAGGUGACUGCGCCACCUGCCUUCGGUCCAAGUCUGGGUCCGUGAUUCUGGGCAAUUUCAUGGAUAAUAUGGAUUCCGCGUGUGAGACGAAACCGAAUGCGUCUGCGGGGGAGACAAUUACGCUGCGACGGCCACUUUUUGAUUUGUCGACUGCUACGUCUAACGAGACUACGACGAGUAGUUCAUCGGCGACGGCGACAGCGACAGGGAACAAUGGAGAUAAUAGGGAAGCCAGUUCGUCGGGGUUGUCAACGGGGGCUAAGGCGGGUAUUGGGGUUGGUGCAGGCGUAGGUGGGUUGAUGAUUCUGGGUGCUGCCGCUUGGUUACUGCUUGCAAGGCGGAAACGAGGGGCUGCACAGGGAGGUCCACAUCAGUAUGAGCCGCCAUUGGAGCAGGGGCCUGCGUCGGAGGUUUCAUACGGUGCCGGAAUGCCUGUUGAGCAGGUUGUUGUCAAGCAGCCCGGGGAGCUAGCGGCUGUGGAAACGGCCAAGGUUGAGUUGGACGGCGGGAAUGGAGGAGUCAGGAGAGGAGAUAAUGCGGUGGAGCUGCCAUGAUGAAUGUAUGGACGUGGUAUACAUAGUAUGGACUAUACCGUUUAAUGAUUAUUCG